GUACAGCGCGCUGACGUCACAGGCUGUGGGAGGAGUUACCGCCUAGUUGUGUUUAGUAGUUCAGUUAACGAUGUAAACAAAAGUAGUUUGACGCGCCGUGACUAGUUAACGGUGGCUACUGACGUCUGCUGACUACGUUAGAAGUUUUUAACAGUCUGCGUAAUUAUCUUAAACUAAACUGUUGUAACGUAAGUUACUUAAUGUCAACUUUAACUGGCGCUCUGCUUGUGGUUAGCUAGUUGCUAAUGCUGAUACAGGUUGCUAGGUGAUCCGGUAGAUGUUCAAAGUAAUUUAACAAACCUGAUGAAGAGAUGGACGCCUCUCUGAGAUCUCUGCAAAAUCCCGAUCUGAGCUCUGUCCUCUCAUCGUGUGAGCCAGAGCUUCAGGAGCUGAUGAGACAGAUUGACAUCAUGAUCAACCAUCAGAAGAGGGAGUGGGAGGCUGAGACACAGGCCAUGAGGCUCAGGCUGCGGAGCGCUGAAGAGGAGCUGCUGACUGCCAGGGAUCUCAUUGAAAGGAGGAAUCUGGAGAUUGGAUUACUCCACCAACAGCUGGAAGAAAUCCAGCCUGGUCGAAAAGAGUUAGUUACCAAGUACGAGCAACAACUGCAGAAACUCAGAGAAGAGGUGGAUAAAUUAAAGAGAAGUUAUCACAAGCUUCAGCGCAAACAGCUCAAGGAGACCAGCGGAGGGGCACAUGCUAAAGACACAGACCGUUCAGAAGUGACCCGACUCAAUGAAAAGAUUCAGGAAUACCACCAAAACUCUUUGGAGUGGGAGCAGCUGCGCAUCCAGCACCAAAAACAGCUGACAGCGCUGGAGGCCCAAAAUAAGAGCCUGACUGAUGAACUCACACACGUGAAAUCCCAGUGUGCAUUGCUGCAGAAGGAGAGGGAGCACAGGGAGUGCUGCUUAGAGGUGCAGCGAUUGUGCGCCCAGCUGGAGAAGGCUCAGGGCAAGCUGCACUCACAGGAGCUCGAACUGGAACGCCUCCGACCCCUCGAGAAGUGGCUGGGACAGUACCAGAGAGAGCAGCAGGUGCUAACAGAGGAAAGGCAAGAACUCCACGCCACGCUGGACUCCCAGGAUACAUUUGUGCGGAGAGCGAGUCUCGAACAGCAAAGGCUUCGUAAUGAAGCUGCCAGACUGAACCAAGUGCUGCAUGCUAAAGAUCAUGUCAUUCGCUCACUGGAGGACUGUCUGGUAGCUCAGGGUUGCGCUAGUGUGGAAACCCUCAGACACGAUCUGGAGAAGACCGCCGCCAAGCUUCAUUGUGCCCAAGCAUGUGAGGUCCAUCUCAAGGCUGAACUGGCAUGUCUCAAAGAGAGACUGGAGAGAGUGAGCCGACAGAGAUCUGACCGAUCAAAGACGGAGGAGCUGAGGAGCCUCAGAGCAGAGCACGACUCCUCUGUCGCUGAGGUGAAAAAGCUCAGAGACGAGCUUCAAAGGGCCAAGCAGACUCACAGCAGCGAGGUGGAGGGAAUGAGGAAGGAGGUGUCGAAGCUGAACAACGAGCUGCACCAACGCGACCUCACCAUCGGUACGCUGAACGGCUCCUCAACCAGCGUCAAGCAGCAGCUUCGUGGUGAGGUGGAGCGAGCGGAACAGAAGGCAGCAGAGCUUAAAAUGACUCAGGCCCAGCUGGAGACUUUACAAACUGAGAACCAGCAUCUGAAAGGUCUGCUGCAGAGGCUGGAGUCUCAGUCACCUCAGAGGGGGGAUGCCACGCUUGCGUCCCUGAGGGAGAGUUAUGUGUCAUCUCUGAGCAGCCUGGAACAAGAGAAUCAGCAGCUGAGGCAGGCGCUUGCAGAGAUCCACCUCCACCAUGAGGUCCCUAAGCAGACCUGUCAGGACAAAUACGAACGGGCUCGGCUCAGCCACGCAAUGACUGACCAGCCACAGUCUCCUCAGGACAGCAAUGAUGAUACUAGACACCACAAACGCAAGGAGGAGGUGACAAAAGCCAAGCUGCAGGAGAACAACACCUGCUCCGAGGGCGAGAUCAAGAGGCUCUUCAAACAGCUGCACACCCUGUCCAAUUCCUCUGGAGAGCACACGUGUAGCCAGGUCCAAGACAGCAGGCCUCAUUCAUCAGCAUCCUCCUCCACAUCCUCCAGUAGCACAAGACUCACCAGGAUAAACUCCGUGCCAGCCCAAAGUUCAAAUGAAUCUGCUGCUGAGGGACAAAGCUCCGGCUCCGAGGACUCUCUGACUUCAGCCUACAGAGAAAAAAUCAUAUCGUCUCCCUCUCCAGUGGAGCCUUUGUCGGCGUCGCCUGCAGGUGUCAUGGUCUCUCGUUUCCUGGAGGAAGAGAACUUACGGUCCACGGAGCUGCUCCAGAGGUUGGACACCCACAUCCAGGGCAUGAGAGAGAAAAACAUCAUGACAGUGUCCAAGUACCUCCCAAGCGGCUCAGGGCUCAAGCCAGCCCAGACGUCAGUGCAGACUGGUGUUAAUGACUGAGUAAGGUGGAAUAAAAAUGACAGAAGUGCCUUGAAGAGCAGAACGUUCUCGUACUAUAUGAGGUUAGAUCAUAUGUGUUGCAGCCCUGUACACAUUUUCAAGCCUGCUCCGUCCCCCUAGUGAAAGCCAAGUUGUAUGAAGUUACACAUUUGACAUAGUAUUAGCUGAUCACCGCAGAUUGAAUCUGUUUAUCAUGUAUUUAUUUUUUGUGUGUGGCAGCAGGAUAUGAUAUAUUUGUGCUGCCACAUGAAGCUGAUCUUUAAAGAACAAGAACAACAUUUAACUGUCUCUGACAGUCUCCUCUUCACUUCCAUGGCUCUAUAAAACAUCCAUGAUCACACGUUCCUCACAUGAAACAAACAGAAAUGUCAUAUUUCCAUCCAGUUUUUUAGAGAGUGCGCUCUUUUAAUUCAUUUUAAUCUCGAUGAACCAACUGCUAAUAGUCUAUAAUGGCGGUGGAUGGAAACAAGCAGCUAUUUAAACACUUUGCUUCACCUGACGUCUUAUAUUUGAACACGACCACAGCUGAUGAGACUCCUGUACGUGUUCUGUUCAUGGAGAGAAAGAAGUUACAAAGCCCCCCCCAAAAAAACACAAGACAAACAAACUAGAGCACCAUUUCACACCACUGUGCAUUUUUAAUGCAGUGUCUCAUAGUCUGGAGAAUAUGCAGAGAAUAUGUCCGAUGAGACUCAGCAUGUGCUGUGAAAUGUUGCUUUACUUUGUGCUGGCCUUGUUAGCUGUGAGGAAGAAAAACAUUUUACUGUUUGGCAUUUUUAUUCUUGAAAAACAACUUGACCGACCUCCUUAACUAUGAGUCAUGUGCUUCAUUUUUGUCAGGGCUCAUAAGAGUUCAUCCAAAUUGCCAGUUGAUGCAGAAAGUGAUUGUGAAGAUACAUUCAUGCCAGUGAUGUUUGCUGCUGUGACAAAUCUUCAUUUCGAUGCUGCCUAUUUAACACUUUGUGGUUAAACGAUGUUGUUGCACACCUGUCUCUGUAAAGUUUAGGUUUUUAUAGUAAGACCAAAAUGGAAAUGUGCUUUUUAAACUGUUGACCAUUCAUGGAGUAUUCUGCGCUGCAGUCUGUCGUAUUUGUGCGACCUCACAUAGCUGACUUUUGGUUGCUGAAUUCCACAAGAGUCUCUCGUCGGAGUUCCUUUGCACUUCUCCCUGUCGGACGCUGCAUAUUCCAAUUUUUCAAGUUGCCCUGGAAUGCAGCAUUAAUACAAGCUUUGCAUUUACGUCCGCAGAAAAGAAUGUUGCUGCGAGCCAAAGAGGUGUCCAUCCUCCCUGCAUGUCUGUCAUAACUGAGAAAAUACCACAUAUGUACACGUCUGUCCCAGACAGGAGGGAGGGAGGGAAGGCAGCCUACUGUAGCUCUCCUCAUUUCCCUCGGUUACCAGUCUCCCAAGCACCUCCACCACCCACCCAUCCACCCGCCCACCCUGCAGAGGCCCACUGGCUAGUCAAGUGCAGGAAUGUGUGCACCAUGCCAAAUGCUGUCAUGAACCUUCCCCUGCGGCCUGCUUUGUCCUCAUCAUUAGAAAGCUGAUGGAAUGUUAAUAUCAACCAUGUGGGGCGCUCAACCUCUGAAACACUGAAAGGCCAGAGGGGAAUACUUCUAUUUUACUGCUUUGCUAAUGAAAGACACACCGAUGGAAUGGAAAUAAAGUGGAAAAAAUCUCAAGAAAUAUGUUUGUU